AUGAUCAUCAAGUUUGUUUGGCAGAACAUUAUAUGCUGGUUCGGCAUCCCACGCCGGCUUGUAUCAGAUAAUAGGAGGCAAUUCGUCGGUCAGUGGCUCAAAGAGUGGUGCGAGGGCUAUGACAUCCAACAGGUCUUCACCUCUAUGGCCUACCCCCAGAGCAACAGACAAGCCAAAGUCGCCAAUCGGGAGAUCCUCAGAGUUCUACACGCUCAACUCGACCACAUCGGAGGAAGCCGGGUCGACGAGCUCCCUAGUGUAUUGUGGGCCCUUCGCACGACCUCGAAGGAGCCGACCGGCGUAACCCUCUUCUACUUGGUAUACGACAGUGAAGCAGUCAUCCCCGUGGAGGUCGGAGUAGAAUAUGAUCGGGUGCAGUACUACGAUGAAGGAAACGUCGAACGAAGGCUUAUGGAGCUCGACUUGGUGGAUGAAACGCGGGCGAAAGCAGCUGUUCGGCUCACGGCGUAUCAACAACGGAUGAAGCAAAACUACAACCAGAGGGUAAUCCCAAGGUCCUUUCAGGCCGGCAAUCUCGUAUGGAAGAAAGUGAAGUUGGUCGGUGACAUCACCAAACUCAAAGCCCCAUGGGCGGGACCUUUUAUGUAA